AGUUAGACAAUUUGGCCGUCGUGGGGCAACGCCGAGCGCCUCGCGGUGCCUGUGCGGAAGCAUUGAAUAUAGAAAUGUCCGUGACACUUUGCUCUUCCUCCAGCGUCUACGCCGUGGUCAACUACUCCCCUCUCCGUCGCGCGCAGCGACCGCGCAGUUCCCUACGAUGCUCUUUCAUUCUCGCGGAUCCCUGGCCACCACCGCUGACGGCAGAGACGAGGUCCCCCUGCCCAACAUUGGCAGGUCCAGCGCGGAGAAGGACACGGGCGCCGUGAACACCGCUCCUGUCAAUUCAAAUGCCACCGUCCAGCCCCUCCUCCCCACCCCCGUCACCCAACCCUCCCCGUCAUUGGGCCGGCGAAGUAAAAAUAGGAAAAAUGCACGGGUGAAUGGCGGCCUUCGCGUGCAUUGGGCACAGUUCAAACGGAGGAUAGGCAACGGCACCGCGCCUUCUACGUCGGAGUCCGCCCUGGAACAUGAUGAUAGCGGAGACAGCUACCGCCAUGGGUACUUGAGGCAUCUGGAGACACAGGGGGAUACGGACGAUGAGGUGGUAGAUGAGGUGGUUGUGGACCGCGAGUGGUCGGAUGAGGUCAAGAGCUCUUCUAUGACACACUCCGAGCAUGGCGGUGCACCGGCGGAGAAAUCGAGCAACCAGCUCGGCGGCACGAACACCGACAGAGACAGUCUCGCUCUGCAAGCUACCGGUUUCUGGACGAUUCAACCCCUCCUGUUCUUGCGCUAUCGUGUGUGGCCAGUCAUUCAUGACUUUUUCAUCAAUCAUUUCGAGAAUGAGAAGGCAGAGAUGCAUUAUAUCAAGGAAAAUUGGUUCCUUCGAAAGAACCUAGCUUUCUGGUCUUCGGCGUUCCUCAUUGUCAACUGGGUCUUGGCUAUUGGAUUUCUCCAGCUCCAAAAGCCGAUCACCCUAGCAGACAAGAUCUUCUAUUAUGGGGUCUCGCCCGCUAUUACUUUCCCAGUACUGGCAUUUGUCAUGUGGGACUUCCCUCGAGACCGGGAGAUCUUCUAUCAAAUCUGGUUAUCUUUUGCAACCUGGAUGUGGGCUAUAUACCAGAUCAUCUUGAUGUAUAUUGUCGGCUAUUAUGGCUCACCGGCGCUCCUUAAUAAAGGAAACAAGGACUUUUUGACACUCUUCUACUACACGUCCGCUCUCCAAACCGUUGGAUUGUUUGGUCUUAAAUUAAACCGCAUCCCUGCUGCAACCUGCGCUUUCAUAUUUUUCAUCAUUGCUUGUUCCUUGACUCUCCCGUAUCAUCCAAGUUUUAUCCGGAAUCUGAUCAAUUUCUUGCUAUUCCAAAGUUUCUUGCUCUACAUUCAUUACACGCGGGAGAACGCAGAGCGGCGCCUGUACACGCUCCGCGAUCAGCUCAAGAUCCAAUUUAGAGCUACCCAGAAGGCACAAGUCAACGAGCGUAAAGCGGCUGACUCGAAGCGUCGGCUCACCUCUUAUGUAUUCCAUGAGGUCCGAGUUCCACUAAAUACGGCGUUGUUGGCUGUGCAGAAUAUGGAAGCGAACGGCUCGAUUGCAAGAUCGCAAGAUAUCGAGUUCAACGCGCUGGAGGGCAGCCUGAGCAUGAUGUCCAAAGUUCUGAACGAUGUGCUCGACUUCAACCGCAUGGACAGUGGGCGUUUUGAGUUUGUUCUGAAACCGUAUUCGUUCCACCAAGUCAUGCGAUCUAUGUUUGUUCCUCUGCAAUUGGCCACUGAUGCUCGCGGCCUGGAGUUUGUUACUGAACUUGACAAGAAUGUCGAUGAUGUUGCACGCAGAGCCUUAUAUGACGCUCUAGGAGAGAGCCAGGCCGUCAUCGAUAAGCGCAUACGGGAACAACCGGAUGAAGAUGGUUUCGUAGUUGGAGACGAGACGCGUCUCCGACAAAUCAUUACCAACCUCGCCAGUAACGCUUGCAAGUUCACUCCGGCCGGAGGAAAGCUCACGAUCCGGACACGGUUGAUCCUGCCGCAAAUGGAGUCACCGGAAGACAAUGCGAGUUUGGAUGACAUUGGCAGACGGCCGAGCGAAGAAAGCGGGCGUCCAAUGACCUCUCUGCCGCCUGAGUCUGCUCAGUGGGAAGGCAAGAAAUAUAAAGAAGGACAAUCUCCACCAAUUCCCCACCGGUUGUCGGCUACGCAUCUCACGCAGCAUAAUAACGUCUAUUCCAAGCCACCCUCUCUAGAAUGGAUUGUCGUGCGAAUCGAGGUGUCUGACACGGGUUACGGCAUACGGCCGAAAGACAUGGUCCAGAGCAAGCUUUUCAGCGCUUUCAACCAGACGGAGCAGGGCAGAUUGCAAGGCGGCAAAGGCACGGGACUUGGUUUGGCUCUCGUCCGCCAGAUCGUCAAGCUUACCGGCGGCAGACUGGGCGUGAAGUCCAAGGUUGGCCAAGGGUCCACCUUCUGGGUCGAAUUGCCUCUUGGAGUGGGAAUCAAAGCCAUACCGGCGCUUAUGAUGCCGGCGGAACUGCACGCUGAUGCUUUCGGCACCCCAUCGAGCGCGACCAGAACGAUGCCUCCAAGUUGUAUCACACAAGCCGAUAUAUUACCAGAUCACCCCGAGCUCCAUGCUGCGCUGCAAGCUCAGUCUCAGGGGUCUCGCUCGUCCUCUGCGCUCCAUAGUAUCAUGGAGCAAGGCGGAUUGGUCGAGAUCUCCACGAAGCGCGGCGAACGCUCUCCUGUACUCACACGAACCAUUGGCGAUCCGUCCACGGGGACUCAUGCUAUUGUCGGGGACAUCACAACGCCGACAGCUUUGGAACCGCCCCUCUUGAGCAAAGAUAGUUCGUCGGCGACUACUCGCCCGCGUUUAUCACAGCUGCUAGGACCGCAGGCAUCUUCCCUUAAUCCUCCGCCGUCGCCAGCGCCAUCAUCUGCAGCAUCGUUUACCGGAGCUGGCGCGGCAGGCUCUUCAGCCGAGCAGGAGGCUCCUCUCAAGGUCCUCGUGGUAGACGAUGACCCUCUCACGCGCCUGCUGAUGUCGCGGAUGCUCACACGCAUCGGCUGCAAGGUGGCAACUGCGGAGAACGGGGAGAUAGCGCUGGAGAUGAUUCUGGGAACCGAGCAGAACGGACAGCACGCAACGCCGUCCUCCGAAGACACCGGCAGCACUGGCCUAUCAAUAGAUGCCGAGCCGCCAUCAGGGGACGAGUAUCGGUACUCGGUGGUAUUCCUCGAUAACCAGAUGCCGGUUCUGUCUGGUUUGGACUUGGUCGGGCGAUUACGAGAGAUGGGUAGGCGUGACUUUGUCGUUGGUGUUACUGGUAACGCACUGCUCUCUGACCAGCAAGAAUACCUCGAGGCUGGGGCUGAUCACGUUCUCACGAAACCUGUGCUUGAAAAGAGCUUGCAGAGCAUGCUCGCAAUCGCGGACGAGCGACGAAAGCAACAACGAGCAUCAUCAAUCACGGAACAGCCACGACCGCCACGGCCUCCAUAGCGGCAAUUAUGGCUUCAUGGCGUCUUUCUUCUCUGAGGUUUGUUAUAUCUUGGGACUCCGGCAUGUUGUACAGUUGGUCCUCGCUAUCGCCGAACGGACCGCAUCCGCCGCAUUAAACGUACGUCAAGUCAUCUAUAACGACCAUGUAUCGAUGUAUCAUCCAUCCUCCGUAUGCACACGAAUACCCUGCUGCGUCGCCUAUAAUAUUAGCUUUCAGUCGAUACCACCCUGCCUUAGUGCUCCAAAAUAGAAUCUACGAUACCUUCUUGUUUGUGCCACAUGAUACAAGCUGAAAAUAUGCAUUCCCCGUCCUGGC